AAAUCAAACACCCUGACUCCAUGACAGCAAAAGCUUAUUCAACAGCAAAACCUGUACAUUUGGUAGAAACGUGUCAUUUUUGGCACAAAAGCGGAUGCCCCAGAGGCAAUAAUAGGUCUAAAAACUACCUCAAAUGUGGAGUAAACAAGAGAUUAAGUGCGAGUAGCUGGUGUGAAGCGUGAACCGUUUUAUCGUCUCCUCCUCCCCAAAUGAUAGGGAGGCAUCAUCGGCAGAGACAAACAGCGAUUGAAAAAUAGAUUUGUAGUGUUAACGGCUAUCAGGUACAAAGAAACUAAUGGUGAGUAACUGCGUUUUAUUACGAUCUUAUGAAUGCAAACCUAAUGUAUUUAAGUUCACGGUAUUUACAUGGGGAAACAGUCGUUUUUCUGUAGAGGUGUGGGGAAAAGCUACAUGUACUCCCACCUAAUUCUGUCAUCAUCGGAGAAAUCGUGACUCCUCUGUCUGCAACCAAUCAGUGUUUUCUAUUUUUUGGCUCAUUCAGGCGACCAGUGCCAAGAGACCUUCCCUGCAGGGUCCUGUGCCCCCUCCCCGAAAGAAGACAACCCCCAAACCAGAGCUGACCGAGGAGCAGAAACAGGAGAUCAGGGAGGCCUUUGAACUGUUUGACACGGAUGGAUCUGGAUACAUUGAUGUCAAGGAGCUCAAGGUAAAUGUGUUGAAACACUGUGUGGGUGAAAAUACAUGUGGCCUUGUCUGUGUGUUUCACUCUUCCCCUUUCUUUCACUGUCUCAGGUUGCGAUGAGAGCUCUGGGUUUUGAACCAAAGAAAGAGGAGAUUAAGAAGAUGAUUGGUGAAGUGGAUAAGGACAGCACAGGGAAGAUAUCCUUCGUUGAUUUCCUCACUGUCAUGACACAGAAAAUGGUACACAUCUGCUCACAAAUACACUUGAAUGGCCAAAGAUAGUAUGAUAUACAGGGGUUGGACAAUAAAACUGAAAUGCUUGGUUUUUAGACCACAAUAAUUCAAGUAUGGUGUGUAGGGCCUCCUUUUGCGGCUAAUACAGCAUCAAUUCGUCUUGGGAAUGACAGAUACAAGUCCUGCACAGUGGCCAGUGAGAUUUUGACCCAUUCUUCUUGCAGAGUAGUGGCCAGGUCACUCCGUGAUGUUGGUGGAGGGAAACGUUCCCUGACUUGCACCGCAAAGACCCCCCAAAGUGGCUCAAUAAUAUUUAGAUCUGGUGACUGUGCAGGCCACGGGAGAUGUUCAACUUCACUUCCAUGUUCAUCAAACCACUCUGUCACCAGUCUUGCUGUGUGUAUUGGUGCAUUAUCAUCCUGAUACACAGAACCGCCUUCAGGCUACAUUGUUUGAACAACUGGGUGCACAUGGUCCUCCAGAAUGGUUCGGUAGAUCCUUUGCAGUGACGCGCUCAUCUAGCACAAGUAUUGGGCCCAAACCAACCCCUAUGCUUCACUCUGGGCAUGCAACAGUCUGGGUGGUACGCUUCUUUGGGGCUUCUCCACACCGUAACUCUUCUGGAUGUGGGGAAGACAGUAAAGGUGGACUCAUCAGCGAACCAUACAUGUUUCACAUUGUCUACAUCCCAAGAUUUACGCUGCUGGCACCAUUGAAACCGGUGUUUGGAAUUGGCACGAGUGACCAAAGGUUUGGCUAUAGCAGCCCGGCCGUGUAUAUUGACCCUGUGGAGCUCCCAACAAACAGUUUUGGUGAGAACAGGAGAGUUGAGGUGCACAUUUAAUUCUGCUGUGAGUUGGGCAGCUGUGGUUUUACGCUUUUUGGAUACAAUCCGGGUUAGCACCCAGACAUUUAGCCAUGAAACCUCCAACACUAAAUUGGCAGGUGUUUCAGUUUCAUUGUCCGACCCCUGUAUAUUGAUAACAGAUUGUAAUCAACAUAAAUGUGUAUAGUAGUACAUAAGCACAUUGUCCAAAGAAUUUAAAAACUGUAUUAAGGCGAGACAUGCAAUUUUAUAGACUGGGUAAAACUCUUCUCUCAAACUUUCCUGAUUUUAGGCUGAGAAGGACUCCAAAGAGGAGAUCCUGAAAGCUUUCCGCCUGUUUGACGAUGAUGAGACAGGCAGGAUCUCCUUCAAGAAUCUAAAGAGAGUAGCCAAAGAGCUGGGAGAGAACCUCACAGAUGAAGAGCUGCAGGUAAACCACAUAAACUGAGAACAACACCAUGCGCUACACAGGUGACUUCGUCUUCCUUUCGAGUUCCUUCUUUCAUUUACAUUUUUUUGUGUUUUCCAAAGGAAAUGAUCGCUGAAGCAGACAGGGACGGAGAUGGAGAAGUGAACCAGCAGGAAUUCUUGCGUAUCAUGAAGAAAACCUGCCUAUAUUGAAAGAAAGUGCAUGACAUCAGGGUUGGAGACGCACUACACUGAGGGAGCCAGUGGUGGUUUUACUUGUAAUGCUGCUCAUAGAUCUACUUCUGUCUACAGAUUUGUCUUUCCUCAAUGUUGUGUUGUGCCAAAUGUUUUGGUUCAGUUUAAGGUUAACUAUAUAAAACUGAAGACAGUUAAUUACCAUUGUUUGAUUCUUAAGAUAUUCCUUAUCACAUUUGCCAAUCAGUGAGAGUACACCCUUUCUAGUUUGCAAUGCUGCAUAUCUUGAUGAUAUUUAUGAUAAAAUGUAGGUUAUUUAUUGUUGAGAAAUACUCAGUGCCUGCGUCAAUACGGUGACAAACACAGUACAUUCCAUUGCUUUAGUUUGGAGACAGCAGUUUGUGCUUCCAUGUUCCUUUUUUUUGCAGACUGUUUGUUUUCCUGGUUACUACACUGUUUCAUACUUUUGCUCAUGUUUGAUUUUAGCUGUUUGGUAGCAGCACUCAUGGUUUAGGAACGCUGUCUCACUUCAGUGCUACCUGUAGAUUUGUGCCUGUGCCUCUAUAAAGGGUUAAUUACUACAUCAGGGAAGCUGCCUAAACCUCGCUGACCUGCACAUCCAAGUUUUAUUUUUCUUGUAGCAUUAAGUAUUUAUCCCUCUGCUGGUUAAAUCUUUUCCUCUGAAUGUUUUGUAUAAUACAGAGUGACUUUAAAGAGAAGAUAUUCACUGCUUGUGAGUGUUUUAAGUACAGAUUAAAUAUGAAGCAUUGAAGCCUUU